GUGCACGAACGGGGCCAGGCCCAAGAAUUUAAAAUUCCAGCGGCGAUGGCAUGCGCGUCCAGUCCCUGAAGCUAUUAAUUGGAGUAGAAGCCGUUUGUUGCGUCAGUUCCUCCACUCGAACCGGCUCUAUGUCUUAUCCUCCACCAAGUUAUUAAUAUGUUAUUUUUCCAUUAUCCUGCACUGACGCAAGUCCUAACCCCGUCGGCAUGAAACGUUCUGACGUCACAUUGCCUAUAAGAACGAUAUCCUCUGAUCAUGAGUCCCCUCAGCCUCUGCCCUCUCUUUGACGGUCUACUUCAUAAGCUCUGAGUUUUACAACAAGACCACGAUCGAGUAGCACUUUCAAUGUCCAUCCUCACACGAAAGAUCAAGGACGUCGAGAUUUCAGCCAUUGGAUAUGGCACCAUGGGUAUAGGUGGCAUGGCCUAUGGUGAGGCCGCUGACGAUGAGGAGCGUUUCAAGGUUCUCGAUCGCCUUUAUGAAAUUGGUUGCAGGAAUUGGGACACUGCCGACAUCUAUGGAGACGCAGAAGACCUGAUCGGAAAGUGGUUUAAACGCACGGGAAAACGGAAUGAUAUCUUUCUUGCUACCAAGUUUUCAUUCUUCAAGGAUAAAGAUUCACAAUUGACUCUUCGUGGGGACCCUGAGUAUGUCAAACAAGCAGCUGCAGCUUCCUUGAAGCGUCUCCAAACGGAUCACAUUGAUCUUCUUUACCAGCACCGACCCGAUCCCAAGACGCCUAUCGAGUUAACCGUGGGCGCGAUGGCGGAACUCGUCGCUGAGGGCAAGGUGAAGUGGCUUGGUCUGUCCGAGGCAUCUCCGAAGACUAUCAGGCGCGCAUACAAGGUUCACCCUAUUGCUGCAAUCCAAGUCGAGUACUCACCUUUCGCUCUCGAACCCGAACAACCUGGAGGCAUCAUCGAUACUGCUAGGGAACUUGGAAUUGCGAUUGUCGCAUAUUCUCCUACCGGCCGAGGCCUCAUCACCGGGCGUUACAAAUCUCCGGAUGACUUCCCUCCAGAGGAUUUCCGUCGACACAUCCCUCGUUACAGCCGAGAAAACUUUCGACACGUCCUAGCCCUUGUUGAAGUCUUCAAACGUAUCACAGAAUCUCGCCCUGGAACGACUCCGGCCCAAAUCAGUAUCGCUUGGUUACUUGCACAGGGCAACGACAUCAUUCCGAUCCCCGGAAGUAAACAAUUGAACUAUGUCGAGGAGAAUUGGGAUUCUAUUCAUAUAAAGCUUAGCGAGGCGGAGUUGAAGGAGUUGAGGGAUAGUAUCAAGAAUGUUGAAGCGCAUUUGGGUCCGGAGGCGAGGUAUCCCGAAGGGCUCAUAUCUCAGCUCUAUGCUGAUACUCCCGAAUUGAAGGAGUGAAGGUCUGCUCCAGUGAAUGCCUUUCUGCGGUGGCCGAUGACCUGUUUUUUGCUUAUUAUAGCGAAGGGGUGUCCAAAGAGCUCAUGACGAAUGGCUUUUCCACAAAUUAUGCCUGCACAGAUGUUUUUUCAAAGUUGCUUCUCGGAUAAAUUUUGUAACAAUGUUCCCGGUCACAAGUCAUCAUUUGCGCG